AACACCACAUUGGUAAAUAAGCAAGUUACUCCAUAAGAAACCCUAAUCUCAAUUGGUCACGUGGUCAGCCGUUCUCCUAUAUUUACCUCAUCAGAUACCCCCUCCAUUUUCCAAUUAUUGCGCUAAUUAGGUUUUCAAAUCUUCGUUUCUCAUUUUCAUUCUUCGUUCUUCGAUGAAUGCUGGUAUUCCUGCUGCAAUGGUGGAAAGCUGAGUUUCAAUGAUAAAUCAGCCAUGUCAUUUUCUUCUCAAAGAUUCAUAUCUUUUGCGAAACAAUCCAGGUAUCCCCAUUUCUCUAUCUUUUCAUUAUCCCCGUUUUCUCAAUUUUCCACCAUUGAAGAAGCUUCCUGUAACUUUAAACAAGAAGAAAAACAAGAAAAUUUCUCUUGCAAUAGUAAUAAUCAACACUCAACGUUUCCCAAAUCUCUCCACGAAUCCAAGGUUCUCGCUGAGCUCUCGAAUCUUUUGCCAAUUCACCGAACAACUUCAAUCCCCAAAAAUUUAUAUUCUCCAAGUUCAGAAGAAACCCUAAUUGAAAAUAAACCCCUAAUUAGUGUUUCUCCUGAUGGAUUUUUGCCGUUAGAAGAUAAAUUACGAGGAGUCUUUGUUCAGAAAUUGAAGGGCAAAGCUUCGAUAGAAAAUGCCUUAUUUACAGCUUUAGGUGAUGCGCAACUAAGUGCUGAUGUUGUUUCUAGGGUUUUAGAUAGAGGGGAUUUAGGGGGUGAAGCUAUGGCCUUGUUUUUUAAGUGGGCAAUUAAGCAACCUAGUGUUGGUAGAGAUAUAGGGGUAUAUCAUGUGAUUCUUAAGGCGUUAGGGAGGAGGAAGUUAUUUGAUUUUAUGGCGGAUAUGUAUCGGGAAAUGUAUGUAGAAGGGAUUAGUAUUACUUGUGAGACACUUGAAAUUGUGUUGGAUAGUUUUAUUAGGGCUCGGUGCAUAUCCAGGGCGGUUGAGGUAUUUAGGAACUUGGAAGAGUUUGGGGUGAAGUGUGAUACUAAGCAAUUCAAUGUGCUGUUGAGUUGCUUGUGUAAGCGAUCGCAUGCGGGGACCGCAAAUUCACUGCUGAAUUCAAUGAGGGGGAAAAUGGUGUUUGAUUGUGUGACUUACAAUGUGGUGAUUGGAGGAUGGGCGAGAUUAGGUAGGGUGAGUGAAAUGGAGAAGUGUCUGAAAGAGAUGGUGGAAGAUGGGUUUUGUCCAGAUUGUAAGACGUAUAGUUGUCUUAUUGAAGGUUUGGGUAGAGCUGGUCAGGUUGAUGAUGCUAUUAGGAUAUUUAGAAACAUGGAGGAUCAAGGUUGUCAACCUAAUAUAGGGGUUUAUAAUGCGAUAAUUGCAAACUAUGUGUCUGUGGGUAAUUUUGACGAAUGCAUGAAGUAUUAUAAAGAAAUGUCAAGCAAUAAUUGUUCACCGGACGUAGACACUUACGCAAAAUUAAUUAUUGGUUUACUAAAGGCUCAAAAAGUGGCCGAUGCACUUGAAUUGUUUGACGAGAUGUUAUGUCGAGGAGUUAAUCCUUCUACGGGGAUGGUAACCUCUUUCAUUGAGCCCUUGUGUAGUUAUGGUCCGCCCCAUGCUGCCAUGAUGAUUUACAAAAGUGCCAGAAAACGUGGAUGUGUAAUAUCACUGACUGCUUAUAAGUUAUUGUUUAUGAGGCUUUCCCGUUUUGGUAAAUGUGGAAUGCUUCUGGAGUUGUGGGAUGAGAUGCAACAGAGCGGACAUACCUCUGACAUGGAUGUUUAUGAGCAUGUUGUUAAUGGGUUGUGCAAUAAUGGACAACUUGACACUGCUCUUUGUGUUAUGGAGGAGGCUCUACGUAAGGGGUUUUGUCCAAGUAGGCUCACAUAUAGCAAGUUGAAUAAGAAACUAAUGGCCUUUGAUAAAGUAGAGAAGGCAUAUAAGCUUUUCCUGAAAGUAAAACAAGCUCGUGCUAAUGAAAAUGCAAGGAGAUAUUGGCGUUCGAAAGGCUGGCACUUUUGAGCUGGUUAUUUGUGAAGUAUGAUCUUUUAUGGCGAUACAAAAAUGAUUGGCAUCACAAAGAUGCUCAAAGUCGCAAAUCACAAUGUUGGAGACCUGUUAAGAUAAGGGGCUGUUGUACUCAUUACCCAAGGAUUGGGCCUGGAUUCCAAAAAUGUUGUAUAUUCUCCAUACGUGCUUCAUUCAAUCUCAUAAAGGUAAAUUAAGGUAGUCCUAAUGUCAUCACUCUCUCUACUGUCAUACAUCAUUCUAAGUUAUUAUGAAGCUCACUCUUUCUUUUGCUGCCAGUGACUAGUUGGCCCUAUUUCUGGAUGCUGUGUGUAUUUUGCUGCAAUUUAACCCAUAUCGGUGAGACACUUGUGAAGUUGAAAUUAAGUCAAAGCACAAAAAUCAUCAAUAAUUUCACACUUAAUUGUUCUAUAUGCUGAUCUUCUUCAUAAAUCAUAAUACUAUGUUUCCUUCUUGACAUGGGUGCCCUUGGGGAACGGGUGGGAACCCAGUACCCCCCCCCCCCCAAACUUUUAAUUUUGAUAUAGAAAUGGGCCAUUUUUGUAAAGGUCCCCCAUAAAAAUUCGAAAUAAAUAUGGUCACCACUCACCCCUAAGAUAAUUUUCUGGUUCCUUCCUGCUUCCUUCCUGCUUCUUGAUAUCUUAUAUACCAAGUCUUAUAAUUUGUUAUGUUUGCCCUCCUUCGAUUUUGCUGGAAUGAUGCAAUUUAGCCAAAUCUGACAUGGAUGUGCUCCUUGUGGCAUUUUCUUCUAAGGUCAUUACCUUGCCAUCCUAAGUCACGCGAGUGACCUCCUUUGUGCACUGGCUGGUCUUUAGAUGAGAUGUCAUGAGUUGUAGCGUAUCUGUGUGAUUGAUAACUUUUGGAGAUCGGUUUACAUGCUGACCAGAUAGCUUCCUUGGGCUCAUUGUGUACAUUACUGUAGAUGAUAAUUUUCUGGAGGUUGGUUGUUAUAUGAAUAUGCUUGUGCUUUCGUCAUUGAGCAAGUUUUUUGCAACUGCUCUUACCAGCGCUUUUUUGUCAAAAGUGGUUUAAGCUCCUUCCUUUUCACACCUAGAGUGAAACCAUUCUGUUGAGAAGUGCUCAUUACAUUCUUCUAUUUGUUUAAAACUGAUGACUUAUUUUCUUUUACUCGUCAUGCGAGUUUUUCCUGAGACUAAAUAUCCUUUAUGCUGUCGCUGAAUGCACAUCCUUGAAGAUGUAGUUAGUGAGCAUUUUAUGAGGUUCUAUCAAGGGUGCUUUACAGGGUGGCACAUAAGGACCAGUUGUCCAUGAACAACAUAAUGGAAAGGCCUACAUAAGCAGUUAAGCACAGGUAGGUAACCUUAUAAAUGCUAAUGUAAUGAUAUUGCAUCCGAGCACUUUGAAAGGUGAUGUUUAUUUGCGCCCUUGGUUUCUUCCCCUAAAAUUUCAAGUACCCUGAUGAAAAUGUUUUGUUUGUGGGUUCAAAUUCAUUAAUUUUGCUUAGUUUAUUAGACUUCUAGUGAGCCAUUGCCCAUUUUCAUUUUCAUGUGGCUUUAGGCAUUAGGUUACAGUUCCUGUACAUUACAAUAUACAAUUUCAAAUUUUCUGAAUUCUGGAUUACCAGGUCAGGUGAAGCAGUAUCCGAUCAUACACCUUCAUGUAGCAGAGCAGUGACGCAACUGAGCUCUAGCGCGGCAACACCCAGUUACUGAGAUCUAUGUCAAGCUCCAGCAAACGAGUCCAGUUUUUUUCUUCUAGAGUAAAUUCUGGCUAUUCCUCAUAAGUCAAUUGUAUAGUUCUCAAUGCAUUUGUCAAAGAGAUAAUGGAAUUUUUCUUCGAUCUCGAGUCUCGACACUACUUAGCUCUAGUCAUCUCAGACAAUAUGCUGCUCUCGUUGAAAGCUGUCUGGCUUUUGGCUAUUUGCAAUAAGAGAUCUCUUUCCUCUA